AUGCCUGGUAUCUUGCCUAUGAAAGUGAUCAAGGUCGGUGGAACUGGCACAACAAGCCGUAUUGCCCAAGCCUGUGACCGAUGCCGAAGUAAGAAAAUACGCUGCGACGGUGUUCGACCUUGCUGCUCGCAAUGCGCCAAUGUUGGCUUCGAGUGCCGCACCAGCGAUAAACUAAGCCGUCGCGCCUUCCCACGUGGAUAUACUGAGUCGCUAGAAGAACGAGUCAGAACUCUAGAAACCGAAGUUAAGGAAUUGAAGGAUUUGUUAGAUGAGAAGGACGAGAAGAUCGAUGUCUUGUCCCGGAUACAUUCGUUCUCGCCGUCGCAACGAGCCCCCUCUGCGCGGUCUCCCUCUGCUUCUGCGACGGUGAAAUCGAGCACUUCGGACUCAUCGGAUGGCGUGUUUCAUGUAGAGAGCUCGACAACCAGACUACCGCAGAAGUCACAGAACCCUUUUAUCGGGUUUUCAAGCACCCAAGGCUUUGCUGAUGUUUUUACCAAUAAGCUUGUUAGUGAGGGUAAAUCAGCAGCAAAAGUUUACACGGGCGCGCUCACUGCCUUGUCUACCUCGGUAGUCCAGGGUGCCCCUAACCAAGCUGUGAAAACGCCACCUCGCUUGGUGUCGGACCAGCUGAUCAACAUUUUUUUCCAAGAGUGGGCGCCGCUAUAUCCUGUGGUACAUCGCCCGACCAUUCUGAAAGCUUAUGAGCAGUAUCUCAACAAUGCCGAAACUCUCCAGCGCAAUCCGCAUGUGAUGGCGCAGUUGAACCUGAUUUUUGGCAUUGCUGCUCUUUCAUCAAUGUCGCGAGCCAACCAAGAUCCGAUUUUCUUCGAAGAAAACUGGUCGGCCACCCUUGCUUUGCUCUCAAACGAAACGUCGGUUGCCAGCCUGCAGUGCUUUGUUCUUGGUCAAAUCUACUGCAUGACCAAAGGCGACUACCGCACCUUGCUUCGCUAUCGUGCCCUUGGUGUUGAUAUUUGCCACCAGCUUGGCAUGCACGAAAAGCAAGAAAGUUCAGGCAACCCGCUUGAGGACGAGACUCGUAAGAAGGUUUUCUGGUCGCAAUAUGUACUUGACCGAUUCUGCUCGGCGCUUACUGGACUGCCUAUUCUUUUACGCGAAGAGGAUAUCGAGACUCAGUAUCCGGUUGAUGUGGACGAUGAGAAUGUAACAGAAACUGGAUUUUUACCGACCCUUCCUGGCGAAUCAACUCGCAUUUCCAGUGCCAUCGCUCUCUUUGGAGCUGCAAGGAUAUUGAAUAAGGCAUUGGAAUAUCUCUACCCUUCAAAAUCUGGCUAUGAUGUCUGUGUUUCGAAGAUGCGCUCUGUGACGAAGCAACUGGACGAGUGGCUUCACACACUGCCGCCACACCUUCGUCUCGAAUUCAGUCAGGACAAGCCUAGCACUACCAUCACGAGUAGUCGAUCGCCGCUCUUGUCACUUUUGUACUAUUUCAUCCGAUCUUUGAUACAUCGCCCGGCUGUCUGCUACGCCGACGAGAACCUUCGCUCUCCGUCUGUUCUAGCGCUGUCCGAUUCGGCAAAGCAUAUCAUUCAAAUUCUUGAACUUCUUGAUGAAAGACGAUUGUGCCUAUCUGUUAGUAUCAAUAGGAAAGAGCUUGUGUUCUUUUCUGGGCUUGGACUCCUUUGGCAAAUGCUUGAUGUCAGAAACGAUAGCAAACUGGCCAAGGAUAGUCAGAAGCUGCUUGGAGCCGCCAUGCGAUAUCUCCAAUCAGAGUCGAGUGCUGCAGCUGCUGAAUUCGGCAUGCUUUCCAAUACUCUGAUCUCUCUGGGCGGCGGAAGACGCCCAUCGGUGGGCAAGGAGCAACACCAGGAGAUGCUGGCUCCAACACAAAAGCCUAGCAAAUCCCCCAAGAAACACUUGCAGGUCUUAAAGUCGCGCCUUAUCGCCUGCUCCACCCGUGAUAAGCAGCCUCCAACCCAGCCCUCCCCACAGUCCUCUCGCCGAAACACCAUCUCCGGAGCCACACCCCCACUUAUCUCCCAGUCGCUCCGCUCCCCUAGCGGGAGCAGUCUGCCGCUCACUCAAACUGACCAGCGCCCCGCCCCGCUCUAUAGAAGCGAUAAAGAUCAUUCCCCCUUAGACCUAGCCUCGGACACCCGCUUAGCCGCAUCUUUGGGUCAUGAUCACCCACGCUCCAUGUCCUGCUCUACGCCCUCCGACCCCACAGCUGGCGCAAUCACCAUGGCCGAUUGGGAAUAUGUGUUGAGCGAUAUGGACCGGGGGUACUCCAAUAUCUUCACCGGUAUCUACGGCGGCAAAGAAUGCGGCGAAGACCCAGGCCCAUUUGCCUCCAUUGCAGCAGAAUAUAACCGCAAACCCAAUGACUCCUCCCUCGCCAAUCGCCCACAGAGUGAGAUGCACGGCCUCUCGCCCGAAGCGUGGUCUGCCAGUAGUGGCGACUUCGUAUACAAGCAAGAACAAACCGCGCGGAGUGUUCUGAGCUAUUCAAGCGAGAGCAUGGGAAGUACGGAGGAGUCUGUAGCGCCCUAUGCUGAUGCUAAAGUUUUCCAUGAGGAUAUCCACACCAUCGAUUCCUUCAAUACUUUUGCUAUGCAUGGCGAAGAUGAGGUCGAUGAGUUUUCUCUGGCCAAUGGCUGGGACCGACGCCUGGCCGUCUGA